AUGCAAGGCAAACACGGAAACGGAAUCAGAAGCCCUCCAGCAUCGCACAAGAAUCCGUCCAUCGCGCAUUGUAACACUCAAGGGCGUCGAACGGCAGGGGGGAAGAGUCAGCUAUAUAAACCCUCAGCUCAUCCUCUUCUACCAAAAGCGCUCCGUCCACGCAAUGGCUUCAACAUUUACGACGGAGUCAGCAUGAAAACUCACGGGCUCAUUUGCGCCGCUAUUUCUGGCCUUUACAUGUCAUCUGGUGUCUACGGGGCGAACUUGCGCCGAGUGGAAGGCUGGGAUGAACGCUGUGGCCGGGCAUGUACACCAGUGUCGACAGACUGUGAUCCGCCUACAUGGGGAUGCUGGCAAACGGCAGAUGCGUUCAUUAAUAGUAUGAUAUCGGGGAAUUUCGGGCAUUUCGAGUAUUUUCGGGCAUUCCGGGCAUUCCAGGCAUCUCGGGCAUCUCGGGCAUCUCAAGAAUUUCAGGCAUUUCGGGCAUGGUAUGAACAAGAAACAUACCGAUCAAGGUAUAUGGGUGCGACUUGGCCGUCAUCUUCAUCUGUGUGA